GCUCUCCCAGGUGGGUUUGAAAUUCUGUCUCCGGAAGACUAAGACGAGCGGACCUGGACGCAAAGUGGGCGAACUGUUCGCUUAUAUUUCACGAUCUGCUGGCCUGAGCGGUUUUGACUGGUUAACGGAGGGCAUGCGUCUACUUGCCAAUGAGCAAUUUUCGUGGUCACGGGAUUUCUUCUGCCCGGCGAUGAGCGAUGCUUGGGACGUACAGAAAAACCUGAUCCUGGAAGCCGAAGGCUUAGCUAUUUUGUUGCGUCGGAUGUUGGGAUGCCUCCGCGAGCCAACUGUUAAGAAUGGCGCCUGGGCAACUUCGACGAAUCUCUUGGUUCCGGACAAGUUGCGAACAUUUUGGAGCGGGCAUAGCGCGCGUCACACAUUGCCAAGUAUUGCGGCUGCUCUGGAUGUCGGAAAGGAUCGCCGGGAUUUCCUCGGCCGUUGGUGUUACGCACAACAUGGCUCACAGGACUAUAUCUUGACGUCCCGCCAGGUGGUACAUGGGAUCCAGAACCUGAUUUCAAAGACGGUCUUGGAAGGUAAUGCGGACGGAGGCUACAUCGAGGAAGAGGUCCUUGCUGGAGUGAAGCAGGCUUGUGCUGAUCUGGCGCUGGAUCAGCAGAUGAUCCUCCGGAGACAUAUGGUUUCAAAAUGGGAUGCCAUCGCAAAGUGUUGGAAACUUCAUGGGAGAUAUCCGCAUAUCAUGAUCCGCCCAGAGCAGCUGCAAGGGGCUUCUGGUGACAUUGGAGCCCAGCUGCCGGGGCCUUUCCAUGCUUGGAAUGCUGAGGAGAGUCUUGGAGAGGCACCUUAUUUUGUGACUGUUUCUCGCAAGGGCUGUCAGGCACAGUCAGUAGUUCGAGCAGUGGGUCCGAGGUUGUCAGAGCUUGAUGCGUUAAAGUGCCCAGCGCAUUUGGUCGCUAUGAGUGCGGUGGACUUGCCUGCAGGAGUUACGCAGGAUGCUGCCCUUGAUUUCUUUGAGAAGAAUUUGACAACUGAAUUGCUCCACAUCUUUAAUGAGUGUGGGGUUCCUGUCGGGUUGCAGUACAAGCUUGGCCAGCAUUUCAAGAACGUAAAGAAGUUCUCAACUUAUGCUGACGCCAGGUCAGAUGUCCGUGCUGCACUUAAGGCGGAUCAUGCCCUCGAGGCCACCAAUCAAGAUACGCGGGCGGCAGUGGCCUCAGUGGUCUCAGCUUGGGAAUCUUGCCGAGAGUUCAGUGCAAAGGAGAGUGAGCUCAAAGCUGAAGCUAGGGUGCUGGGUGUUAGUCGGCCAAUCAAGCAGACCGAGCAUCAGGCCAUGCGGAUUUCAUACGAGAAAACUUUUGGUAGUCUUGAUGAAGUGGUUGAACCUUCGGCUGAUUAUCUUUCGACCAAAAUGGAAGAAGUUGAAAAUGGUGAGAUUGUGGCGUCGCCUUUUUCAGACGUCACCAGCAAGCGCAAGGUGAAGACCCUUGGCAUACAAACCAGCGUGGACGCUGGGGGGCACGUCCGGAUCGUCAAGCAACGUAACCAAGGUUCGUUACCGCAGAACACGGAGGAUCUUCGUACUGUGUUGCGUGUGGAGGGUAAUGCUUGGGUUUUCUUGGCCAGCAAAUACAAGAACAAGAUCUUUUUAAAGAUCUGA